AUGGAACAUUUAGCAGUUCCAAAGGAGAACUUUGGGUAUCUGGCUCAAGCCAAAUUCUCUGUCUGUGGGAAGCGGCCUUUGGCACCCGACCAGGGCAACAGUAUGCAGAUUGUGGGUGGCAUCGACACCUUGCCUGGGACAUGGCCGUGGCUGGUCAGCAUCCAGGUGUCCUCUUCCAAGGGACCUCAGCACUUGUGUGCUGGAUCCAUCCUUGCCCCCCACUGGGUGCUCACCGCUGCUCAUUGCUUCAAGUCAGGGAAGAGUUACAGAUCGUUGCAACCUCAGAGGAUUGUGAUUGGUGCAACAGACAUUUCCAAUUUGCUGGACACUGUACAAUUACGCUCUGUGUGCCGUAUCAUCCCCUACCAAGAUUACAAUCCACAGACUGAGGCUAAUGACCUUGCAUUGAUAAAACUCAACAGCCCGGUGAUCUUCAACAACUAUGUUCAACCAGCUUGCUUGCCACAUGUCACCAUGGACUCUGAAGCCUUAUUCUCAGACUGCUACAUCAGUGGCUGGAACACCACCAACCUGAAGGGUAGGAAGACCUUUGAUAUCUUGCAGGAAGCCAGAGUGAAGAUUCUGGAGACCAAAAAAUGCAAUAGCAGCUGGUGGUACAAUGGGGCCAUGAGUCCUUAUACCCUGUGUGCUAGAUAUGAGGAUGGAGGCACUGAAACUUGCCAGGGGGACAGCGGGGGACCCUUAAUGUGCAAGACAUCCCCCACCUCUCCAUUCUACGUGGUUGGGAUCACCAGCAGGGGCAAGGGCUGUGGUGAGGGAAGAAAUCCAGGAAUCUACACUUCUACUCAGGCCUUCCUUGAAUGGAUCCGUGGUGAAAUUGUGAAAGUGGAAGAGACGCCUCUCCAAAAGAGGAAACCCUCACACAGAGGUUGGACUAAAAAUGCAGUAACACUCCCAGCUUCCAAAACUGAGAUUUCACAGUUCUCCAAGAAAUAUUUGGAGGAAGACCUGACCUACUUCCCUAUGACUGAGUUUCCAGAGGUGGAUACAGUCCCUUUGUCCAUGCAUGCCCUUCCAGCAAUUCCCAGCACCUCUCCGGAAGUGAACACAGUCCCUCUGCCUACUGAACGCCCUUCACCAUCCUUCAAUUUCCCUCCAGAGACUGAUACAGUCCUUUUACCCACAGAACCACCUCCAGUAGCCUCUGAUACUGCAUCAGAGAUAGACAGAGUGCUUCUGCCCACAGAACUCUCUUCAGCAACCCCCCUGAACCAUCCAGAGAUGGACAUAGUGCAUGCCCCUAGAUGCUCACCUAGCAGAACGUGACACCUCUCUCAAGCUUUUCAGAAGGGCAAAUUAUAAUGCUGCCUGUCUCCAGCGGUGGAACACCAUGAAGUGUCUUUCCCCAGAGACAGAGCCAAGUGUCCUUAUGCAGUCUGCAUUCAUCCACCCUGCAACUCCAUCCUCAUUCCUUGAACUGCUAGAUGUCUCUGUAGAGGUAGUGUUCAUCUUAGAACCAGUGUGCAAUCCCACAAAAUCAAACCCACAACUUUAACCCCUCCAUAUAUCACUGCAGAUAAACCUUGCUCUCUCUAAGGACUUCCCAUAUCACUUCAGGGGUAAAAGCAAAUUUGGAUCCUCUGUGUAUUACAAGAAGCCCAAUCGUACUCCAAAGUCCCCCAGUUUGAUGAUGCUGGACACAGAUGUUUAUAUAGCAGAUGAUAUUGCAAGUCCAUAGAUUUUUCA